AUGCUGAACGACAUUGACCUCGAAAAACUCAGCAAGGAUUUGACGACAAUCACCCAAACCAGCAAAGCGUACCAAAAUGACCUGCAAAAUGUUCUAGAAAGCUUCAAAGACCUCCUCGAGCGCUACAAUUCCCUGAAGAGUGACUAUGAGGAGGAGAAAGAAGGGCGUGAGAGGUACAAGCGACAAGCAAAAGCUCGUGACCGUAACCCAUUCGUGCUGGUACUUAUCGAUGGAGAUGGUUACAUGUUCAAAGAACAUCUCAUAAAGGCUGGUACAGAAGGAGGAGUGAAAGCUGCCCGUCUUUUGAGCGAUUCGAUAAAAGCUCUUUUACCACCCGAUCUGCCCGAUAAUUGUCGUAUUAUGGUCCGUAUCUAUGCCAAUAUUCUGGGAUUGAGCCAUACUCUAGCACGGGCUCAACUUGUCGGUCAAGAGGCGCGGUCAUACUCAGGGUUCACCUCAUCUUUCACUCGGGCGCAGGACUUGUUUGAUUUCGUUGAUGCCGGGACACAGAAGGAAGGCGCAGACUAUAAGAUUAGAGAAAUGUUUCGCCUAUUUGCCGACAAUUAUCAAUGCAAGCACAUAUUCUUUGGAGGGUGUCAUGAUGUGGGAUAUCUGUCCAUGUUGACUCCAUAUCGCGGCGAGACAAACCGCAUCACUCUUCUCAGGGCCGCCAAUAUGAGUCCCGAAUAUGAAAGCCUCGAUCUAUUUAUCAAAGAACUUCCUUCAGUUUUCAUGUCUACUGUUAUUGGAGGUAGCAGUGCACCACCGCCAACGGCACCGGAUAAACCAGUCUGUAAACACUUCCUCAAGGGGAUUUGUAAAUUUGGUGCCGCGUGUACAAAGUCACACGUGGCAGACGGGCCAAAAAAUAAAUUCAAUGACGAUCGGAGCAGACCAUUAUCGAAGGAGUCAUCGGGAUAUUUCAGUCGGAAACAAAGCUAUUCUAAACUGCUCCCUAAAGCGAGCGGAAAUACGACAAGCCGCAUUCCGGUUGAUAAAGAUGGAGGUCGUAUUGAUGUAUAUACGCCUCUACCGCCUGACGAUCUGAUACACGAACAAGAAAGCUUAUCACCGCGUCCUUGCAACAAGCAUCAUCUGUUGGGUGAAUGCAACGAUGUUGAUUGCAAAUUUGACCACGGGUACGUGGAACCGGAGCUUGUGGACGUUAUGAGAUGGCAAGCAAAGCGGCGCCAGUGUCUUCGGGGUCGCGGUUGCAGGGUGCUCAAAUGCCCUUACGGACAUCAUUGUCAGAUCGACGGUUGUGCCGGCGAGAAGCCCUGCAAAAUGGGCCACCGUUUUCAUAAUUUCAGUCCGCACGUAGCGCGUUGGGUUGAAGCGGAUGAUCUUAGAGAUUCAGAGGAGGUUCAACCAUCUAUCGAGGGGGAUAGGGAUGAUCAAGCCGACGCUCGCUCCUCUCGCUCACUCUCGGUAGCAACGACCUCUCAUACGGGCACUCUUUCAAAAGUUUUAAUUGGCGAGGAGUCACCAUCAAUCUCCCCCGUCGUCAUAUAA